AUGGCCGCGAACGGAAACCGGGUCUCAACAUACACGUCGGUCUCGACCGGCUCCGAUAGCCGCAAUGCCGAAAAGAAGGAUCUCUGGAGCACCCUCCUCGACUCGGUAGCGAGCGGCAAACGGCUGCCAGAAAAGAAUAUCAUUGUUCUGGGUGGCAACUCUGACUCGCAACGGGAGUUUCUCGAUGCCCUCUCCAACAGCAGCGAGAAGCGCACCCUCGAUCGGCAGAGCUCGAAGCCGCCCCCUGUCGCCAACAGCUUCGCCCUCGGCUACACGUACUACGAUGUGCUGGACGCCGAUCAAGAAGACACGCUCGCACGAAUAUCCCUGUACAUGCUCUCGAACCCGUCCGAAGCGUUCCCCAGGCUCCUCGAACCCCUGAUCACGCCCGAAUCCAUACCUAACACUCUGGUCGUCGUGCUGCUCGACUGGUCAGCGCCGCACUUGUGGAUGCGCCAGUUGCGAAAAUGGGUGUUGUUCAUGCGUAGCGUUUUGGAAAAGACGGACAGUGAGUGUCAGACGGCAAUGGAGGAGGCAAUGGCCGGGUGGCGGGAUAGGGGACGUGGUGGCGGGUCCAUGAAUCUGGAUGGCACGGCAGCCGCUUCAACCAGCGAAGGCGACGUUGCGUUACCCCUCGGUCCUGGCGAGUGGGAGGAGGGCCUUGGCUUGCCGCUCUGUGUGGUCUGCCAAAACGCCGAAAAGAUCGAACUGUUGGAGAAAUCCCAGGGUUGGAAAGAAGGCGACUUUGACCAAGUUUUGCAGUACAUUCGUACGGCGCUGCUCAGGCACGGCUCAUCACUUAUCUACACAACACCAAACGUACCCUCGCCACUACCGAGUCUCAUUCAUUCGAGUCUGGGCAUCACCUCACUCCUCAAACGCCAGCCUCUCAAGCACAACGUCAUCGACAGAGACAAGAUUCUUGUCCCUCCUAAUUGGGACUCCUGGGGCAAAAUCCGUGUUCUUCGCGACGGUUUCGACGUCGAGGCUACUAGUCUCGGCUGGUCCCAUGACCUUCAGUCUAACUUUACCUCCCCCUCGAUGACGACCGAGGGCCUCGCCGUUCUCGCGAAGGCCAAGACGGAAGGCUCCUACGACGGCGAGGCCUGGACCUCAGCCGUCGCCCCAUACGAGGACUGGAUUCGCGACCUGUCGUCUACGGCCGACGCACUCGCGCUUGGUGGCCAGGACGUCGCCGCCACCUCCUCCCUCGAGGUCAAAUCGCAGGACACGCAGGAUUUCCUCGGCGCGAGCCUCUCAACGCUCGAGGCUUUCAAGAUCAAGGCCGAGCAAAAGUCGGCCUCUUCUGAUGUCGCGCGAUCCUCAACUACGGCUUCUAGCAGCGCUCGCGCCUCGACCGUUCGUCGUGCCGACGACGGCGCCAACGACGGCAAGGUCAGUGAGCACAUUGGCCCCGUGCAGUUCAACAUGGGCGGCAUCCAAGUCGACGCCGACGACAUGGUCCAGCGUCUCAAGGACCGCCAGGCCUACGGCACCCCGGACCCCACGGCUUCGCCCCCAGACUCGGGCGUCGCCGCCCCUGGUGUCGGCACGGGCAUUGGCAGCCCAGGGCCCGCGAGCCCCGCCGCUGCAGGCGACGGCCCGGAGGUCAUGGAUACGGAGAACCUGCAGGCCUUCUUCAGCGGGCUCAUGAACCGCAAGGGUGCCGGCGCGGCGGGCAGCCCGCGGCCGGGCGUCUGA